AUGUAUUCUUUUAGAAUGAAAAUUAUGUCCUCCUCCUCCUCCUAUUCGGUUUCUCCAGGAAAAACUUUCACCAAUCUUGAACGUUUUCUGCUAUGCGUCACUCCAGAUGUUCCUUCACUCACUCUUCAGAGAAAAGAUUCGCUAACUGAACUGUUGUUUGUUCCUGAACUGGAGGACUAUGAGUUUGUGUUAGAAGUUGCAUGCCACGAGAUCCUCGUGCUUUCACCUGAUACAAAUGGCCCGUGUCAUCCCACUGGCAAAGACACAAUUGAAUACUUCACUCUGAAAGAUCUUUGGGACUGCUAUUAUGAAUGGAGUGCGUAUGGUGUUGGUACUCCUAUGAUGUUUGCAAGUGGUGACACUCAGAUGCAAUACCAUGUUCCAUAUUUGUCUGCCAUCCAAAUCUACAGUAGCAAAGCUGUUGCAACAGCUUCUAGGCUUCGGAGAGAGGAUAGUGAAGGAGGGGAAUCUGAUUCCUGGAGUGAGGACAGUGGAAGUGAUAAGCUAUCUGUAACACCAAGUAACAAUUCUAGCAAAGCAUGGGAUGUUGGUUCUUUAGAUUCAAACUCUGACCAUGCUGGUUCAUGGACAACAAGGGGUAGUGACCUUUACUUACAGUACAAUGAGACCUCUCCAUAUUGGCAGAGGGUUCCAUUUACUGAGAAGAUAGCUGAGUUAGCUACAAGCCAUCCGGCAUUGAUGACAUUCAAGAGUGUGGAUAUUUCCCCGAUAAGUUGGAUGGCUGUUGCUUGGUACCCUCUUUAUUCCGUACCAUGUCUGAAAAAUAGAAAGGACCUGUCAAGCUUCCUCACUUUCCACACAUUGUCAUCUGUCCAAGAUUGUGCAAGAACAUAUGAUGAAAUUGACACGGCAAAUAUCACCAUCUUCCACUUUGCUUCUCGCUGGUCUGAAAUGGCUACGGUUUUGGUCUUGGUUCUGGUGGGGUUUGGUCUCGGGGUGUUGGCCGUUGUUGCAGCGGAAGCUCUUGGGUUGUUAUGGAUCAUGAAAAGGUUGCGGCGCAAGAGCAAUAAUGACGAAGCCUACUUCUCCUCCAAGACACUAGAUACUACGCUGCUUGAUCCCCAACAGUCUCUGGAUUUUGCGUUUAGAAAGCAGGGUGUGGUUUGGGUUCUGGAACCUGGAAAAAUUUCUAAACAAUCAAGGGAGCAAAAACGGAAAAAUGAUCUCUUGGAGGUUGCUCCUGUUAAGAUGUAUGGACAAAUCAAGGGUCAAUCGCUUAUUCUUAGAGAACCUGAUGGUUUGCACACAACGAUUGAACUCAAGGGCUGUGCAGUUCAAGCCGUGUCCGCAUCAAUACUUUCUUCAAGAAAAUGGGCAAAGAAGUUCCCUAUCAAAGUGGAGAACACAACCUCUGUCAUAUACAAUGGAAACAAAACUAUUUAUAUAUAUCUUGACACUUCAUGGGAGAAAGAAGCAUGGUGUAAGGCCCUCUAUCUGGCUUCAUGUGAUCAAAAGGAAAAAAUCAAAUGGUUUACCCAAUUGGAUGAUGAGUUUCAUAGUUAUCUGACAUCCUUGAACUCUGUAUACCAGUCUUUUAUGAAACCAUCGGUUGGAUCAAGUGUUGAAGUAAUAGAAAGGGCUGGAAAGCCUGAUGGUUCUUCCUCAAAGGUUCGACAAUUUUGGAAAAGGGUUUCUAAAAGAACUUCCCGAGUUGGUUUGGAAAAUAUAUCAACUCGAUAUUCACAGUCAGGUCAUGAAGGGAAAAAGAACACUGAGAAGCUUCGGGCUUGCCAAGAUGCAAUUUUGGCUACUGGUUUGUUGAAGACUGCUUCAACAUCGAAGCAUCUAAAACCUUCCAUGGUUGACAAUGAGAAGUUUGGUAUUGAUGAAGGAACAUUAUGUUGGAAUUUGUUGAUUUCUCGGCUCUUUUUCGAUGCCAAAGGAAACGAACAGUUGAAGAGAUCCAUGCAAGCAAGGAUUCAGAAAACAUUGUCCAAUAUGAGAACUCCUGGUUAUAUUGGUGAAGUCAUUUGUACCAAUAUCAAUACUGGUAACGUUCCACCUUGCAUUGUGGGAAUGAGGGUUCUUCCUAUGGAAAUGAGUGAGGUAUGGGCCGUAGAAGUUGACAUUGAAUAUUCUGGAGGUGCACGAUUAGAGAUUGAAACAAGGCUUGAGCCUCGUGAACUAGAGCUGGAUUCCGGUACAGAAGACUCGAAUCCACAGCCAAACAGUGCUGCAGUCCCUUCAGAUCUUCUUGAAGAUUUUGAAUAUUUUGAAGAGCAAUUGAAUUUUGCAGAAAGAACGAAUGAUUUACAAGAGCAUAAAGAUGAUGGUGAUUGGAACUCUGCAGAUGUUUCUAAGAGCUUUAAGAGCACUAUGCCUUUGUUAAAUCAAGGAUCAAGAUGGAAAUCUAUAUUAAAUUCCGUUGCCAAACAGGUUUCACAGUCGCAUUUGGGGUUGUUGCCUUUGUUGCAACUUCAAGGAUUCACCACCCUUGACUUUAGGAUAGCUUCCCUGUUAGGUGCCUCUCCCCAACUUCGAAGACGUGACUUGGAUUGUGCCAAUGUCAUAUCAGAUGUCAUCGCUAACAGCUCCAAAGCCAGACGGAAACCACUAGCUAGCUGGCUUGGUAGGUGUCUGGUUGCAGUGAUGAAGGGUUCUAUUGUUCAGGAUUUUCGUAUUGUUCCUCUCUCCUUGGCAAUAAGAGUUGCUUCCCUUAGAGGGACAUUGCGCUUGCAUAUAAAGCCACCUCCCUCUGAUCAAUUGUGGUAUGGUUUCACAUCAAUGCCAGACAUUGAUUUCAACAUGGAAUCAUCUGUUGGAGAUCGUAAGAUAACAAGUGCACACAUUGCUUUAUUCCUGGUCAAUAGGCUAAAGACAGGAAUUCGGGAAACUAUGGUGCUCCCUAAUUGUGAAAGUGUAUGCAUCCCAUGGAUGUUAGCAGAAAAGGAUGAUUGGGUUCCUCGAACUGUUGCUCCGUUCAUAUGGGUUAACCAAGAAUUUAGAAACGAAACUUCCACUUCAAUUUAUACCAAUAAUCAAGCUUCUGGUGGAGUGAAAGCUAGUGGUGCACGCAUCUCAAGUAAUGAUUCAGAGCACAAACAACAAAUUUCAACAAGUGCUGAAUCUAGUCGAGAAGCAACUAGGAAAUCAUCAGAUUCUCUAGCACUUCCAUUAAAUUCCUCUGAUUCAGUAACAUCAGAAAGCAGCAGGAGUUUGGAAGAGCUGGAUACACCAUUGUUAGAGAAUGACAAACCUCAAAAAAAUUUAGAUUUGAAAGAAUUUAAGACAUCAUCGUUACAAAAUGACAAACCACUUGAAACUACUGAACAAAAUUUGGAGAAUAAUUCUGAGUCUCAGUCAGAACAUAGAAGUGCGGUCAUGGAGAAACGAAAUCAUUCUAUUGAACAGGAAGAUGGACUGCCAAAAAAAAUGGGGAGAAGGGAAAGGAUGCUUGAUUUGGGAAAGAAAAUGAGUGAGAAAUUGGAAGAGAAAAGGCGUCACAUUGAAGAAAAGAGCAGACAUAUUGUUGAGAAGAUGCGAGGACCAUAA